AUGGUCCCUAACAGAAGUCGAUCAGUUUCCCAUGAUGUUGCUAAAAAGAUAUCUGAUCUUGUUAAAACAUAUAGGGGCACAGAGAUAAUCGAAACAGAGUGUUUAAAUAAUAUGUCUGUGUUUGAAUAUAACAGUAUCAAACCUCGAAGUAGCGGGCCUUAUCUUGUGGGUGUUUUUCGAAACCAACCUUUGAAAGAAGUGUUAGAACUUCAAAAAAAAUUUCAUUUAGAUUAUGUUCAGCUUCACGGAGAUGAACCGAUUGAAUGGGCGAAAGAUAUUCCCGUGCCCGUUAUAAAAAGAUUUACACCGAAUACACCAGAAUUUGAGCAGUGCUUAGCCCCUAAUUACUAUUCAUUGGCAUUAAUUGAUAGUCCUCUUGGUGGUGAAGGCAAAUUAGUAGAUCGCACAGUUUUAGAUGAAUAUGUGAAUUUAGGAGCCCGCUUUAUCAUUGCAGGGGGGCUAAAUCCAGAAAAUGUAAGCACUGUUUUUUCUACAAAAGGAGUAAUUGGUGUGGAUGUAAGUGGUGGAGUUGAAACAAAUGCAUCUAAGGAUCUUGAAAAAAUUAAUAAGUUUGUCGCGAAUGCUAAACUAGCUUGGAUUUAA